UCUGUGGUGAGUUUGCGAGUGUGUUCGGUGAUGAUCACGCAGUGUGAAGUGAAAAUCGGGAGCACGAAAUCGUCGGAAGCAACUUUUGGGCACUUUAUCCGCAGUAAAGUAAUGAAAAUUGUUCGCAAAUUGGCAAAUUUGCGCUAGUGUGGAUCCUGUACACAAAGUCAACGAUCAAAUUUUCCGAAAAAAAGCAGUGCCCUUCGAACCCGAGCGAGAAAAACACAUUGCGUCAGCUCCUUGCGGGUCAACUCCCGUCGUCGUCGUCGCGGUGGAAAAAAUUCAUUCAAGAUCUCGUCGAACCUCCCCGUGUCUGACCAAAUACUACUACGAUUGAAGAAGAAAAGUGCACGCACGGAACGGAACUAAUGUGUGGCGUAGAAAAUACGCGCAAUAUGGCAGCGAAAAAUGAGUGGUGUUGAUUUAUUUUUUCGACACGGGACGUAUUUUGGAUCGCGCAACCAUCAUCAUCACCAUCUCGGUCGUGGUCAGCAGCGGAAGCAGUGCGCGAUUGUGAGUGAAAUAGGUACCUACCCGUCGACCCGUCCUAUCUCUCUGCGUAUACAGUAGUGCAGUAUGGAGUAAAUUUCGGUGGCGCAUCGGAAACGGGAAAACCGACCGCAAGAAGUGCAGCAGUGCAAUCCGGAAGAAGUACACCGUAUAGUGAAGAAGAAAGUUUACUUACUGGCGCUGAGCUGAUGCAGAAGCAGCAGUAGGUGAAGAAAAGUUGAAUCACUGGAAAGUCCCCUCGCCCCGAAGGCGACGACGACCAUCGCGCGUACUAAAUACCUGAAAUUUUUUGGUCGGUCGGGUGUUGUUGACGUGCGAGGUGUGGUGUGUUUUGAUUAUUCAGGAAAACGUAAGGAAAAGCCAAAUCAGUGCAGUGUGUUGUGAAGAAAAAGGUGUUGCAAAGUAGAGAAGUCGACGACGAGUCAUCACCUUCAUCAGGAGCCUCGCCGCGCCAGUGCAGUGCCUGCAAAACUAGGGAAAAGGGCGGAGUGCGAGAUUGACGACGACAACGGCGACGGAUGAUGGCCGAUCAGAAUGAAAAAAUCCUACACCGUCUGCUGCAGAUUGAUGGUAACAACGAGUGCACGGAUUGCGGAGCAAAAUGUCCAGAAUGGGCUUCGUACAACAUCGGAAUCUUUCUCUGCACACGGUGCUGUGCCGUGCACCGAAAUAUGGGCGCCCACAUAUCCAAAGUCAAACACCUAAAGCUGGACAAAUGGGAGGACAGCCAGUUAGAACGGAUGAUCGAGGUGGGCAAUCGAGUCUCGAAGCAAAAGUACGAAAUGCGCGUUCCCGCCUGCUAUCGAAGGCCCCGGGAAAACGAUCCACAAGUCCUCACAGAGCAGUGGAUUCGCGCCAAAUACGAACGGCUAGAGUUCUGCCUGAACGAUCGACCCGCCUACACAUCCGGCCACAUGGAAGGUUUCCUGAUGAAACGUGGCAAGGAGGACAGUCGUUACCAGCUGCGCAAAUUCAUCCUGUCUGAGGCGGACGAUACGCUUCGUUACUUUGUCAAAGAGAAACGUGAACCAAAGGCAAUCCUAAGAAUUUCCGAAUUGAACGUGGUAUUUGCACCGGCCAAGAUCGGUAACCCCAACUCGCUGCAAUUGACGUUCAUGAAGGACGGCACAACGCGGCAUAUCUACGUCUAUCACGACGACCCAAAGGAGAUCAACAAUUGGUACAUGGCGAUCCGCUGUGCCAAGCUCCACCGGUUGCAGAUUGCGUACCCCAGCGCAUCGGAAAGCGAUCUGGUCGAUUACCUAACGCACGAUUUCGCCCGGGAGGGCUGGCUCCUCAAGACGGGACCCCGAACGACCGACAGCUACAAGCGGCGAUGGUUCACGCUGGACGACCGGAAGCUCAUGUACCACGACGACCCGCUGGAUGCCAACCCGAAGGGGGAGAUUUUCCUCGGCAACCACCUGGAUGGGUACAGCGUACGGAUAGGGGCACCGGUCGGCGCCAAGGAUCAGGGCUUUAGUUUUACGCUGUUCACACCGGAACGGACGUAUAACCUGUCGUCGCACAGCGAGCAGGACCGCGACGAGUGGAUGACCGUGAUCCAGAAGGUGCUCGAGCGACCUUUGAGUCCGCAGGACAGUUCGAUAUCGGCGCGACUGAUCCGGAAGCGCGGUGGUACCAACUCGAUAAAUAUCUUCACCGGCAGGUAAUAACCGAUUGAUUCGCUUUAUCUGUAUCUAUUUAUGAUUAAGUUUUAGUAAUCACUAUUGUGUAACAUUACGAAUAACCAAUUACGUCAGCAAGCAUCGGCUUGUAAGAAAUAAGCCAACAAACACACAUAUGUAACAA